AUGAUUGAUGAAUUGAAAGAUCUAUGGACAAAUGGUGUCACCACUUAUGACAUCUCUAAAAAGGAGAGGUUUACAAUGCAUGCAGCAGUGUUGUGGACAAUACAUGACUUUCCAGCAUAUGGAACACUUUCUGGAUGGAGUACCAAAGGAUACAAAGCAUGUCCGACUUGUAAUGAAGAUACUUCUUCCCAAGCUUUAAGAAGUAAGAUUUGUUACAUGGGACAUCGUCGAUAUUUAUCCAUAAAUCAUGCAUGGAGAAAUAAUCGACAAUAUGAUGGAAAGCCUGAACGAAGGUUAGCUCCAAGGCAGUUUUUAGGAGCUGAAAUAUUACAACAGUUAGAUAGGACAAUUGAGAGCAGACCGGGGAAACAUCCUAACAAUGCGGAUAAAAAGAGAAAACGUGCUGCCUUUGGAACAAUGUUGGACAUCAAAGGUAAGUCGAAGGAUACUGACAAGGCACGUAUGGAUUUAAAGGACCUGAAUAUUCGAAAAGAAUUGCAUUUACAAGAAACUGGCGAUGGCUAUGCUGCUAAUAUUUCAAAGAAUGUGAACAUUAAGGAUGGUAAGAUAUCAGGUUUUAAAACUCAUGAUAGUCAUGUUCUUUUGCAACAACUGUUUCCCGUGGGUAUAAGACCUUACAUUAAGAAAGAGUUCACCUACCAUAUGAGGCAAAAAUGGCAGGACCAGUACAUACUCGUUGGAUGUAUCCUUUUGAAAGCUCAUCCAGAAGGUUCAAUAGUAGAGGGUUAUGUUGUCAAUGAGGCAUUAACUUAUUGUUCAAUGUACCUUCAUGGUAUUGAAACUCGAUUCAAUCGGCCAGAACGUAAUAAAGAUGGUGAGAAUCAGAUUGCUUCGACUUUGUCAGUAUUCACUCAACCUGUGAACUUGUUGGGGAAACCUCAAUUUGUUGAACUGAAAGACGAUAAUUAUAAAAAAGCUCAUUGUGAGCACACCAAACUAUUGCAAAACAGGGGUGUCACAAGUAUUCUGCAGGUACAAGAAAAGGAAUUUUCACAAUGGUUUGAACAAAGGAUAAAAUAUUUCAGUAGAUGUAAAUAUCCAAUGGUAACUGAUGAGUUGUACUCACUAGCAUGUGGUCCUGAUUAUGGAAUAAAAUCAUAUAGUGGAUGUAUAGUAAAUGGAGUUCGAUAUCGCACAAAAGUUCGUGAUGAUAGGCGUGUCACUCAAAAUUGUGGAAUUUGGGUUGUAGGUGAUCAUGAUGGUGAAUCUUGUGACUUUUAUGGGGUAAUAGAAGACAUUCUUAUGUUAGACUAUAGGUCCAAACACUCUGUUGUACUUUUUAGAUGUGCAUGGUUUGACACAAAUGUGAAAAAGAAAAAGAUGAUCACAGAGUUUCAAAUCAUAAGCAUUAAUGUCACUUCAUAUUGGUAUAAGAACGACCCUUUUGUCCUUGCCUCACAAGCUAAACAAGUGUUUUACGUGGAUGAUUACAAGAUGGGUCAACAUUGGAAAGUGGUUCGAAAGGUGCAUCACCGUCAUCUGUGGGAUUUUCCAGACCGAUUAGAUGAAGGUGAUGAUCAUGGUGAUUCAUUUGAAGUUGAUGAGUUGGAUGCUUAUCAAGAAAAUGAUUCAAUGGACAUUCAAAAUUUAUUUGAAUCAAUUGAUAUUGAACGUCUUAAUCAUAGUGAGGCAGAGAGUGGAGAUUUUGAAGAUGCAGAUAGUGGUGCAGAGAGUGAAGAUUAUGAAGAUGCAGAUACUGGCACAGAAAUGAAGAUAAUGGGGAGUACAAUGAGGAAACCGACAAUGAUAGUGAAGAUGAGUUGUUAA